CUCUACAUGACUGAAAUAUGAAGAGACACAUGUCCGCUAUCUGCUGCCUUCACUGUCAGCCUUCAAAACUUGUCCCACACUGAUUUUUUAGUCUUUUAUCACUAAGAGAAAACACAAGUGUCAGACAUUGACGCUGCACAGAGUAAGACAGCAGCUGGACUGAGUCUCCACGGUUCUCAUGGUGUGUUUAAGUGCAGCUUCCUGCCUCAGACUUUCCAACAGUCAACUCAGACUCUCCGUUUGUUUCGUGUCGGAUCUGAACUCAGAGGAAAUAAUGGCAGAAGUUGCUCCAGCUCCCGCCGCCGCCGCUCCGGCUAAAGUCGUCAAGAAGAAGGUUUCCAAGCCGAAGAAGACUGGCCCCAGCGUCAGCGAGCUGAUCGUGAAAACUGUGGCCGCAUCCAAGGAGCGGAGCGGCGUGUCUGCAGCCGCCCUGAAGAAGGCUCUGGCUGCCGGAGGCUACGAUGUGGAGAAGAACAAGGCCCGCGUCAAGACCGCCAUCAAGAGCCUGGUGGCCAAGGGGACUCUGGUCCAGACCAAGGGGACCGGCGCCUCCGGCUCGUUCAAGAUGAGCAAGAAGGUUGAGACCAAGGCCAAGAAGCCCGCAAAGAAAGCCGCGCCCAAAGCCAAGAAGCCCGCCAAGAGCCCCAAGAAACCCGCAGCUAAGAAGCCCAAGACAGCGGCAGCCAAGAAGACAGCAGCCGCUAAGAAAUCCCCCAAGAAGGUCAAGAAGCCCGCAGCGGCCAAGAAAGUAGCCAAGAGCCCCAAGAAGGCCGCCAAGAGCCCCAAGAAAGUGGUGAAAAAGGCUCCUGCAGCCAAGAAAGCUCCUGCAAAGAAGGUGGCCAAACCCAAAGCCAAGAAGGCAGCACCCAAGAAGAAGUGAGCUGUCAUCAGUCUGAACAUGUGAACCUGAUCAAAGGCUCUUUUAAGA